AUGAAAUUUCUUUGCUGCAAAGGCUUGUUUGUCCUCUGUUUUUUGAUAUUUUACAGAUUUAGCUCAGUAUAUGCUAUAAGCGUGGAUGUUGAACAAGAUUCAGGUUUGAAAGUGCAUUUUACGUUUUACCGGGGCUCCAUGUUAUGGCGGGCAGUUCCAGCUUCCAUAUUAUUUUUUUAAGUCGGUGUGAUCUCAUCGUGGGAUAUUGUUUUGGUUUAUGGAACAAUGCUUUACUUAUUCAGACGCGGAACAGACUGUCCUGUGCUUACUCACUCGUAGGAGACAGAUCAACAAGCUGUGAAAAUCGAAUGACCUACUUUUGUAGGAAUUUUCUUUCGCUUGUUGUUAACUAAGCUUGUUUUUUUAUUUUAAUUUCCAAUCCCACUUUUUAAAUUGUUUAAGCUCAUUUCUCUAAGUUUUAAGCUUUUCAGAGAAACUUUUAAAAUUCUUCUCCCUUCAAAGCUAGUUCUAGCUACAUAGCAGAUAUAUACUAUUACAAGGGGUUAGUUUGGUCUUCUAUGAUCUCACAUUUAAGGUUCAUAAGAGUUUAUGUUUCACUAAGUGAAAAGCACAUAAAUUUUUAUCAGCAUUUAAUAGGUUUUAGGUCCCAUUGUUUUAAUAAUAUGGUAUGAGCAAAUUAACACUAUACUAGUCUUAACAUUAAUCUCAAAUUGGAGAUUGAUUAAUGCAAUUAAAAAAAAUAAGAAAAGGAAAAUAAAAACAACAGAUUAAUGAUAAUGACAUCUAUCCAUCAUAAAGUACAGCUGUAGAUGUGAAAUAGUAACUUUCACCUCAGUAAAAGUUCCAAGUUUGCAAUUUUAUUCUGAUGUCUCAUAAUAAGAUUCUCUUCGACUAGAAAUUGGUCAAUGUUCAGAUGAGAACAACUGAUGAGAGGUACUCUUCAUCUCCAAUUUUUGUCUUUUAUUAUCCUAAAUUUUAUUUUCACUUGUAGUACUUCACCUUAUUUCUUUGAUCAGAGGGAAAAGAGAGAAGAACAGGCUUGACUUUUUCAUAGAAACAUACCUGUACGACAGAUCACUGUAUAUAUAUCUCUCACUUUAUAGUUCCUAUGACUACUCUUGUUAUCUAGAGCGCACUUACUCUUUGAUCCGAUCUUGGCUUGCUGAUGGCUGUGGGAAGGGAGAUAAAAACCAUCUUGUAAUGACAUCAAGAACUUCCUGUCAGUCAUAUCCAAGAUCCAUUGUAAAAGAGAUAACCAGAAGAAUGUGGAUGAGUCUAAGAUUGCAUGGUCCAGUUUAUAGAUGCAAUGUUAAGAUGUUAGUUUUUACUGAAAUAUUUACUUCAGUCAAUUGAAGUUUUCUUAAGUUAAUUAGUAAUUAGAGAAGGUAAACAGUUUGAAUACUUAAUCACCUUUAAUGAUGUAUCAUUGGCCCAUGCUAUAUUUUGUUUUCAGUUCAAUAAUUUUAAAUCCUUUCCACCUGUUACUUUUGUCUCAGUUUUACACUGAUGAUUAUGCCUUGUUGGUGAACACAGAAGUUUAAUCCAGUGUUGUGUUUAUAACUUCAAAGUGUUUUAUUUGAGCUUUAAAAGCUUUGUCAUUAGUUUGCAAGAAAAAUUAAUUAAUCCUAAUGGGAGAUAAUUUAAAACCAUGCAUUGGUACUGGAAAGUAUCUUUCUGUUGUUUUCAUCUAAAUUGUCAUGCUUGAAUAAGAUUUCUUCUUCAGAAUCAAAUUUUGGAUGGCUUCAUACAGUGGGUGACAUCACUUUAAGGCUUAAGCUUGGAGGUCAUAAGCAUCAUGUUACAAAUAAAAAAUCAAGUACAUAAAAGCAUCAGGCUUUGUAGGAAUAGCAAAAUCUACAAAAUAAAUGUGAAGACUUGUUUCACAUGUUCAUUUAAAUUCCUGCUACCUCAUGUGUAUAAUCUGCUGUUUAAAGUGUUUCUUAUUGAGGAAUUGAAGAGUUAUUUUAAAUAUUUAUUAUGACAAGUCAAGCCUGCCCAGCCAUGUGAAGCAUUAAGGUUAGACUGAUCUCAAACUCAUUAUCUCAUAUGAUUUACUGUGUUUUUGCUUAUCGUCUAUUACAUCACGUGCAUGGCUUUGAUCAUUUCAAACUCCAUCAUUUGUGCUGCUUUGCUUUGUUGUGGAAUUGUAACAGCUAAAUUUUGCAACAUUAUUUUGAUCUGCUGUAUUUUUGAAAAAAGAACUAUCAUUCACAACUUUUAAUUUCAAAGCAAAGUGGUGUAUGAGGGAUUUUUCACUGAAGUGGAGGUAAAUAGUAGUGGAUAGUAUCCGGAGGCAUGCAGUUACAAAGUAAAUAUCCACCACGUCUAUUGACAAUGAGGUGAAUAUACGGCUCAUAUUGAAUAAUAUUGUUUUUGCUUAGUUACACUGUACUACACCAGCUGAAUAACUGGUAGACCAAACAUUACUUUAUUUCAGUCUGUCAGAUGUGCUAAUGCAUAUUAAUGCUUAUAAAGUCAAACCUAACUCAGGUGAUACAUGGUGAUCAAGGGAAAAGAUGAACGAAACAAACGCCUUCAAACAUUUCAUGAUCUUGAGUAAUGAAAUUCCAGUACUUUUGGAUCCAACAUUCUGAAAACAAUGAGCGAAGUGCAGUUCAAGUCUUAAAUGUUUUUGUUUGUCUUUGGCUUCUCGGAGGUGGCUAGUACUAUAUGGCUACUAUGAACUAGUUAAUCAGUGUGCACUAAUUGCACUUUUCACUUGUGUGGUAUAUAUUAAUAUUUAUUGUAAGAACUGGGGACAAAAAGAUGUCAUAUUGUCUUCAUUGUGAAAACAUGAGCCAUGGACAGAUUCUUCCAAUGAUAUUUUGUCUUUCCCUGAAACUGCAAUUUGCUGCUCUGUGUCUUCCAUGUAGUGGUAAAUUCUCCUUUCAAAUAUUUAUCUGCAAAUUUAAAUGCGAUAAAUGCAGAGAGAUAAGCUCUUACAUCUAUAAGCUCAAUGAUAGAUGAUGGAUGUAAGAGCCGUUCUCUCUGCAAAUCAUAACCAUUUAAUUGUACAAUUCUCUCUCAGUUAUUUUAGAUUAUUAUUAGAGUAUAAUAUAUUAUGCUUAGUUUAAAUAUAUAUUUUUUACUUUUAUAUUUUAUAGGUAAUUCCAAUUAUUUAAUUAUAAAUUCUGUCCCCAAAUUAGUAUGGGGUUGUUCCCAAGCUAUACGGCUCCGACACAUUUAUAAAGUUUUCUAUUUUAUUCUAAUGAAUAAAAGUGAAAUGCAGGCCAGAUCAUUGACGCAAAACUUUGAAGCCUGUCAGCAGUUUCAAGGGAGAAAGUUGUCUGAAGAGAGUGUAGCAGUACUAGAAUAUUCAUAUUUUUUGUCCUCUUUUUUAGGUUCACUGCUUUGCAGAAAAUGUGGUCAUGACAUCACCACUGCUGUCCAUCUUUAUAACAAAGCUAGUAAACUUGCUUUGAGACAGAGAAAUGACACAAUACUUGGAGUGCAGCAGCGUCUUAUUCAGCUAUUCAAGAACCCCCACGGUACUCUCAUUUACACCAUCGUUUUCCUUUACCACCGUCAAACUAUAAGCAGUACCAGAUGCACACCUUGAGAUAAUGGGGGGGGGGGGGGGGUUGAGCUCCAUAACAAUUUUAAACCAUACUUAUGUCGACGGUGGCGUAAUUAGGCGUAUUCAUCUAGUAUGCUUACUCUUUUUUUUUACAUAAAACGCAAAACUAGCACGUGGCGCCGUCUCUAUUUAUUACUCUACACACAUCCCCCCCCUUCUCCUCCUCUUCUCCCCCUUUUUUUUCCUCCUCCAACAAAAAAGUAUAGGCGGACUCGUGUGUAAUGGUGGAGGGGGGGGGGGGGGGGGGGGGGGGUUGGUCUCCCAAAAAAUUUUUUUCUUGAUGAGUUUGGAUGUGGUUUAUUUCAUGGAUGUUAUUUUUGUAUUGUGAGUUUUUUUAUUUGUCUCUCAUGAAGUAAAAAUGUUGUGUAAAUUUCAAUUUUUUCUGAUGAUCCUUCUUGUUCCAAAUGCCUCUUAUCCUUUCACUACUAUCAAUAAUAAUGUCUAACUUAGAACAGAAAGUGGUCAUAAAGCACUGUUUUGCAUUAUUUGAUAGCCCCCUACAUUGACCUGGAGACUCUAAGGCAGGAGAACACAGCCAGCAUUCUGCUAGCCAGCAUGGUUUCCUGUAGAAUGACAUCUAAUAAGGAACAAGCAAAGAAAUUCCGAACUGUUGAUUUGUCACUACCCAGAUAGACUGAGUUAGUACCUUCGAUUGAUGAAAGCAAAUUUCCCAUGCAGCAUGACCAAACAGAAGCUCUGCCCAGAUUUGGGUAGUGAUACAUCAUCAGUAUGGAAUUUCUGUGCUCAUUGCUCAAACUUUAUUUCUCAUUAGUGAAAGCAAGUUCUUUAAAGGUUGGGAGAGCCACACUUUUGCUGCUGGGCUGGGUCACUGAGGAUGAAGUAAAUCUGCAAAGAAUGAUUCAUCACUGAUAUUUUGCUUGCAUCAAUCUUUUCAACAGGUCAACAUUUUGAGCUGAUAACAGCCACCACUGCAAAUAUCAAAAGCCAUGGUGAGGUAGGCCAUAAGCAGUGGAAGGCCUUCGUUUAACCUCUUCUGACUUUUAAAGUUACCUGUACACAGUAUACUUUUUUAAAACAUCUGCAGUUGUUAAAUAGGCUUUGUUAUUGUGGUUUGGUUAUAGGCAUUUGAAGAGCAUUCAUGGUUUCCUGGAUAUGCUUGGCGCAUAGCGGUAUGUCCUCGGUGUGGUUCCCAUAUGGGAUGGUAAGCUGUCUCACUCUGUGUCCCUUUUGCUUGUGAAAUCAUUGCUCUCAAACUAGAAAGAGGCAUCACCAUUCUGUGCCAAAAAUUUGUAUGCCUUACAGUUUGUUCAAUCCUAUUGUUUCGAGUUGCCCCUCCUGCGACCUUUACAAAGUCUUCUCUCAGCAGAAAAAAUCUCAGAAUUUAAUACUGUGAACAUUUGGGCACACCUUGCCUAUUUUCUUUUUCCUUACAAUCAGUGGCUUCUAUUAUUAGCUGUUUGCUUGGAACUGAAAUUUCCAAUGUGUGGUUCCAGAAAAUAUCCAUACCCCCCCCACGGAAGACCAUUGGAAAUUCCGAGGGGGAGGGGGGGGUUCAAAGGCAGUAAUUUCCGAGGGGUAUGGGGGGUUCAUGGGAAACUAUUUUCCAAGGGGUGACAGACCAUGUACAAAACAUUGAAAGCAACGUACGAUCGAUCUCAAGCACAAAAACAUACCUACGUACGUUGUUUUGAAAAAAAAGUCGGUACUCCUGGCCAUUGACAUGAGGUUAACAUCAUUAGCUUUAAUGUUUCUGUUUUUCUUUGAGUUCGCUAGCGCUACAAUCUCCAGAAGAACGAUGUGUCUUUGGAACGAAGUCGAAAACGAUUGAAAAUGGCGGACAUAACUGGAGUCUUGUCUUCGUCUCGUCUUCGUCCGACCGACAUUAAAGUGCUUUCACUUCUGUUCACUGAGUAUCCCUUUUCGCUUCCUUGACAUGCAUGACACACAUUUUUGAUAGGUUUCAUGUUUUAUCAGCGUUUACUGUGCGUGGAAACUCAUGAAAAAUGCGAUGAGACGAGAAUACUUUCGUUCCCAUUUCUUGCUCGACCUUCACAAGGCCCGGCUACCUGGCUAGUAAAUUCUGCAAUCGUGACGACGUUCACGAAAUCUAGCGCAUUGGCAUGUACGUGUUGGUGAAGUUUUCGGCCCUUAAAUAAUAGUCAACCUGAAGAAACUGACAAAAUCUGUAGAAAUAAAAACAGCCAGACAGGAACCUUGUAAGUUUCUGGGUUUUUCUUGCUACCGUUUGCAAAGUUGUUUAAGCGGGUGAAACUUACAUUUUCUUCAUAACGUUCGUGUCGCAGUAAACACAAAAACGUAGAACAAUCGACGUUUAAACUUUGCAAACCAAAUGUUUAAGCUUAAUUUAUAAGCUUACAAAAAAACAACACAGACAUAAUUUGCAAACGUGAUGGCGAAAAAGCUAAAAGUUUGGCUGAAUAAUAAACUUAACAAACGUUUACGCUGCACUGUUGUAAUAAAAUUCUUCCGUAUUUUCAUAACUGAGUUAGUAUUAACUUUCUUUGUUUUUAAGUGCCCAAACUACUUUGAAUUUCUAAAGUGUGGUAAGCGAAGUCCCCAUUUUAAAAUUCUGGAAAUUCCUGGGGGGAGGGGGGGUCAUCAAAGACCCCCUGGAACGGAAAAUCCUGGGGGGUGGGGGGGUGCAAAUCAAAGUGUCUUCCGUGGUGGGGGUAUGGAUAUUUUCUGGAACCACACAAUAAUUGUUCACAUCUACAUCUACUUUAAGCAGAAUCACUGCAUCACAUCUGUUUCAUUUAAAAAUAACAUUGUGAUAAAUUCUCUAAAUAACAUAUAUAAUCAUAACUAUAACAAAAUUCUUAAAUCUGAUUGGUUAUCAACUGCCCUGAUUUCAGCCUUAAUAGGACAGUACGCGUCAUGCCUAAGUAAUUGGACAGUACGUGCCAUCACGCGCGCGCUUAAAUGGCUUUUUUUCCACUGGUAUCAAAAAAAUCUCGGAAUUUCUUGUGUUUUGAUUUAAAAAAAGAGCCUAAUAUAUCACGAAUUUAGUUAAAGUUAUGAUUAAUUGGUAACAGAACUUCGUGUCGUCCAAUUCGGUCUGUAAUCAUACUCGUGAUUAAACAAAUCGGACUCCCGCUACGCGGUCGUCCGAUUUUGUUAAUCACUCGUAUGAUUACAGACCGAAUUGGACUCCACUCAUUCCUGUUACCAUUACUUAUACAGCCUGAUUAUACAGUAUGAAAUUAAAAUUUCCAUCUAACAAAAUAAACACUUGAGUAGAAUUAAAAUUAAGUCUUUUGAAUUAUUUGAGCUUGGAGGCAUGAGCUCAAAGGUUUUUAUAAAGUAAUUUAAUAAAGGGUACUGUUUCGUUUGGCUAUUCAGCAAAGUAACUCUCCCAUCUAAAGCAACUAUUCUGUGCUACUGUAGGCUAACAAAACACAUUGAAUGUAAGGAAAUGUCGCAGAACAGCGAGCAGUGGUAGGGAUGGGGAAGUACAAAACAGAAGUGCUGCCACAGAAGCCCUUUAAAGUGACAAAGUUUAAUGUCACCUAGAAAUUUGAUCUUAGAUGCUAAAUUGGUGUUCAUUGUGGAAAAAGAAAAAUGAAAAUAAAUAGGGCACGUUUUGUAUUAUAGAAGGAUAGACUGGAAAAUGGAAAGUCUAGAUUUAAAGCUACCCCUACUUUCAAAACUGUAUGAUUCAUGUUUUUUAACAGAAAGAUUUAUUUUUGUUACAGCUGUUAAUGGCUGUUGCCUUUUAUGUUUAGGUCUUUUGAAGAUCCUUAUCAAAGUGACCAGCAUGGGAAUGAAGAUAGUCACACACAUGACACUGUAGAUGACACUUAUUCGAAGAAACCUUAUUCUUUUGUUGGACUUAUCUACCCAAACCUUAUACAAGAGUACUGUGAGUAGAAGUUUGAGUUUUUAAAGAAAACAUUACCUUUCACAUUUCUUCUAAAAUAGGCUGCUUUUAAAAUUUCCAUUCUUUCAAUACCGUCAUCUACAGAGCACUAAGUAAGGCUGACUGUCCCAGUGUGCGUUGCUGUCAAGAACUACAAGUGCUACGCAUUAGCUUCUCUACAAUUUGUGUACUCAACAGGUUUAGAAGCCGUACUUUCUAUUCGUUUUUGAACUAAGCUUUAAGGAUUCAGUUCAAGUUCAUAGCAAACCUAGCCGGCAUAACAGGCGCUUUAUGAGCCAAGCAAGGCAAACGCGGCAUUUUGCGCGAAGCGCCAAGUGUGAGACGAGGGGAGAAGAAAAAAUAAAGCGCCUGUAACCAGUCCAUUCUGGCUCUUCCGCCCACCUACGCUCACAAGUAUUGACUGACGGCGCUGAUGUCAAAAGGACCAAUGAAGACGAGUUCCAUUACUAGAAAAUUGUCACAGGCGCUUUUGUUCCUCAUCUCCUCGUCUCGCGCUUUGCGCAAAAUGCCGUGUUCGCGUCGCUUGACUCAUAAAGCGCCUGUUAUACAGGCUAAAGGAAACCUCGCAAUUCCAUUGUGCUAUUCUAACCUGGAGAAAACUGGAAUAGUAAUGAAAGGUUGACCUGUAGAUGCGAAUGGUAUGGCAUUAUUCGAAGUGGCGCGUAAAUCAGUUGAUAUAGAAUGUUGUAGAAUCCCUAUAAAUUACUUUGGCUGUCAUUGGCUGACUUUUGCUCACAUGGGUAGUGUUCCAGUUUUCAGUUGGUCACUACUAGAUUUACUGAUCGUUAACUAUUCUGUUUUUCAGAUGCAGACUCUUUAAUAAUAACGCCAAAAGCCUACAGAAGCUAG